UGUUUGUCAUGUGAUGGACUGUCAACCUGUCCAGGGUGUACCCUGUCUUGGGGUUGAGCUCUAGGAACCCCAUGACCCAGAACUUGAUAAUGCAGGUUAAGAAGAUGGGUGGAUGGUGUAUGCUUAAUAAUACACUAAAUCCUUUAAAAUGACUCAUUCUUGUGUUUGUGUCCCUGCAGUCCUCCCCCAGCAUCGGGUGACUGAAAAGGAAGAUCUCUGCAACCAGCAGAGGAACUUCAGAGAGGAACAAGCGGAUCUAGAACCUCCACGGACUAAAGAGGAACUGAAGGAAGCAGAACCUUCACAGAUUAAAGAGGAACGGGAGAAACAAGAACCUCCACAGAUUGAAAUAAAACAAGAGGAUAUAGAACCUCCACAGACUAAAGAGAAACUGAAGGAACCAGAAACUCCACAGAUUGAAAUGAAACAGGAGGAACCAGAACUUUUACAGGUUAAAGAGGAACAAGAGGAUCUAGAACCUCCACAGCCUAAGGAGGUACUGAAGGAACCAGAAACUCCACAGAUUGAAAUGAAACAGGAGGAACCAGAACUUCCACAGAUUAAAGAGGAACAGGAGAAACCAGAACUUCCACAGAUUAAAGAGGAGCAAGAAAAUAUCUUCAUCAGUCAGGAUGAAGAGCAGCUUGAUCUAAAGCAGGAGAGUUAUACCUUGAUGGAGAUUCCUUCUUAUGAGGAAAAUGAUCACAGUGAAUCAGAUCUAAACAAACAGAAGAGCUUCAGUGUAACUGAUAGUCAGGAUGAAGAAGGAAACCAACAUGAAGAAUCAACAUCCACUACAGAUGAAGAGACAGAGCCACAGAAUAGAGAUCAGAGGAAGAAAAGAGACAGAAGUUAUAUCCAAAGUGUGGAAAGCUCUCACAUUUCAGAAAGUCAGUGUGACUCCGAUGUUAGGAGUCCCAGAAGAAAAACUUCAGCAGAGAAGCACAAACAAUCUCCAAAAGAAAAGAGACGUUCCUCUGUUAAGUCUGGUAAAAGAAAAAUAAUUGCACACAAUGUGUCUCCCCACAUGAGAGCUGAGUCUGAUGGAAGACGUCAUGUCUGCAAAGAUUGUGGUAAAAGUUUUGGUUACUUGUCUGAUUUCACAAUUCAUAUGAGAACUCACACAAGAAAGAAGCCUUUUUGUUGUCAAGAAUGUGAUAAAAGUUUUAGUCUGAAGUGUAAUCUCAAAACGCACAUGAGAACUCAUACAGGAGUGAAGCCUUUUGUUUGUCAAGAAUGUGAUAAAAGUUUUUAUCAAUUAUCUAACCUCAAAAAACACAUGGUAACUCAUACAGGAGAGAAGCCUUUUGUUUGUCAAGAAUGUGAUAAAAGCUUUAGUCUGAUGUCUAAUCUCAAAAAACACAUGAGAACUCAUACAGGAGAAAAGCCCUUUUGUUGUCAAGAAUGUGAUAAAAGUUUUGGUGACCGAUAUGAUUACAGAAGACACAUGAGAACUCAUACAGGAGAGAAGCCUUUUACUUGUAAAGAAUGUGAUAAAAGUUUUUGUCAUGCAGCUCAACUCAAAACACACUUGAGAACUCACACAGGAGAGAAGCCCUUUAAUUGUCAAGAAUGUGAUAAAACUUUUAAUCAAUUAUCUAACCUCAAAUCACACAUGCUAACUCAUACAGGAGAGAAGCCUUUUGUAUGUCAAGAAUGUGAUAAAAGUUUUAGUCGAAUAUCUCAUCUUAAUUCACACAUGACAACUCACACAGGAGAGAAGCCCUUUGGUUGUAAAGAAUGUGACAAAAGUUUUUGUGACCUAUCUCGUUACAGAAGACACGUGAGAAUCCAUAGCGCAGAGAAGCCUUUUUCUUGUAAAGAAUGUGAUAAAAGUUUUUAUCAAUUAUCUAACCUCAAAAGACACAUGAAAAAUAAAACAAAAGCGAAGCCUUCUCUUGAAAAGAAAUGUCAGAGUUUAGUCAAAAUUUGAUGCAGUUAUUAAAUUAGAAAGGAAGUAAGUAAGAAGGAGCUGUCUCGUCUGCAGUUAAUUCAAAACUCUGCUGCAAGGAUCUUGACCCGCACUAAGAGAAGAGCUCACAUCUUUCCCAUCCUCAAAGCUCUUCAUUGGCUCCCGGUUGCAUCCUGGAUCCAAUUCAAAAUUUUAGUGCUGACUUUUAGAGCCCUCCAUGGCCAAGCUCUUGUAUAUGUCUGUGAUUUGAUCCCUCCCUACAGACCGUCUCGUGCGCUCAGGUCUGUAGAUCAGGACCUGUUGAUGGUCCCUCGCACACGCUUUUGGACCAGAGGAGACAGAUCUUUCCAGGCUGUUGCUCCUAGACUCUGGAACGAGCUCCCUUUCUCCCUCCGUUCCCUGGACUCUGUUCACUCUUUUAAAAGCCAACUUAAAACCUUUUAUUUUGCUAAGUAUUUUGACAUAGUCUGUUUUUAAUUGGGCUUGACAUUAUUGUUUUAUGUGGUACUUGCUCCUGUCUUUUAUGUUUCUUAGCUUGUGAGGCUUUUGUC